GUUCCUAGUAGGCUACCACCGCCGGAGCGGCCGAGUUCACCAGCGUCUGACUGUAGUCUAAUGAUGUCCUUCCACUGAAUACAACACCGACAGUUUUGACUGCAUUGUCGCGGUUAGCUGUUCCACACUGGGACUCAUUCUAGACUGAAUCAAACCUGUCUUUAGCUGUCUACCUUUCGAUUCUGUCUGUCUAGUCGUUGGAGACUUCCUACUCGUUUAGCCACUCAUCUUUCCUGCAGAUCCCCUGCUCCAGUCGACAGAUAAGACCGAUUAUUCGCGCAUUGCGCUUACAUCUGGACACGCUCGGGAGAUUUGAGGCCUACUAUUAACCUAUCUCUACUGUAAAGAAAAAACGUGUCUACGUGUUUUUGCGCCUAUAUAAUGCCGACACAUUUGCGAUUUCGGAGAAGGUCAUUCCUUGGGCUUAUGUUCCUCUUCUCACUGUCCACCACAGCAUUGUACUUCAUCUAUUCAGCGCCUGGAAUCGUAAAUGAGUACCUGUUUAUGGUGCAGGCCACAGGGAUCCACAUCAAGGACAACGUGAAGAACAUCGGUGCUCAGGUUCUAGAGCAGGUGGUCAGAGGUGGUUACAAUAUCAAUGGGACAGAUUAUGCCUAUGACUUCAACCUGAGUGAGAGUGAUGUGCCGCCCACCACAUACCUCCCCAACAGCUUCACCUAUCUGCCCUCACAGAUCUGCCCAGAGAGACUGCCCUCCAUGAAGGGGAGGCUGGAGGUGAAUAUGAGUGAGAUAGCUCUGGAGGAUGUGGAGAAGGUUCUGUUGAAUGCUGAGCCUAGCAUGACCCUGGGGGGCUACUGGAAGCCCAGGGACUGUGUCCCACGCUGGAAGGUGGCGAUACUGGUCCCAUUCCGGAACCGCCAUGAGCACCUGCCCAUCUUGCUCAGACACCUGGUACCAGCACUACAGAAACAGAGGCUACAGUUCGCCUUCUAUGUUGUAGAGCAGGUUGGAAGUGAGCCCUUCAAUAGGGCCAUGUUGUUUAACGUGGGCUUCCGGGAAGCGAUGCGGGACCUGGACUGGGACUGUAUGGUGUUCCACGAUGUAGACCACAUGCUGGAGAACGACAGGAACUACUACGGCUGUGGAGACAUGCCUCGCCACUUCGCUGUCAAACUCAACAAGUACUCCUACAUGCUUCCGUACAAUGAGUUCUUUGGUGGCGUCAGUGGUCUGACAGUGGAACAGUUCACCAAGAUCAAUGGCUUUCCCAAUGCAUUCUGGGGCUGGGGAGGAGAGGAUGACGACCUUUGGAACAGGGUGCAGUAUGCUAACUACACGGUCAGUCGGCCGCAGGGAGAGUUGGGUCGCUACAUGUCCAUCCCACACCACCACCGUGGAGAGGUGCAGUUCCUGGGAAGGUACACACUUCUGCGGCGUUCUAAGGAGAGACAGAGUCUGGAUGGGCUCAACAACCUGCAGUACUCCCCCUUAGUGUCCCGGAGGCCUCUCUACACCAACAUAUCAGUCAGCCUGAGCAGAAAGCUAGCCCCUGUAGCGGACUACAACUGACCAGGAAGCAGCGGGCCGCACAGCCCUCUGGGAAACUAAGUCAUUAUGGACGUCAGCCAUAGCUCACCAGUCACAGCACUGCUUUGGACUUUUUAGUUAAUUUACUUUGAUUCUGUUUUUUUAAGCAAAAAAGGAGACAUGCAGAACGGUGUUGAUUGAUCAAUCCUUGUGACGUGUAAGAGAAAGGAGAAAGCCGCACUCGUUUUGUGCCGUGGUCCAUCCAUCGCUUCUAUCAUCCGAGCUUCUCUACUCUUCUGUCUCCACCUGCCUUCCACACCAUUUUGGCCUUUAGCAUUCAUUCUUUCAUUAAUUUGUUCAGUAAGUCAUUAAUUCACUCAUGGAGACAAUGGCAACCGUAACCAUAAUGGCAACAGGAACACAUUCCCUCUAUAUGGCCGUGGUGUGGAGAGGACAGUAGUGUAGUUUACUAGUGUGUAUGUGGCUUAGUGAGUUAGUUUGUAGACACACACACAGACACACACAAAUCUGCCGACACGGUCCCUAGGCUUCGAUUUUAAUUUGACCUUGCACUGAAUAUUUUCAUUGAUAUAUUAAACCUGUGAAAAACAGACACACAGAGUAGGUCCUCACAGCUGGCUCUGUGUAGGACAUGCCAAACUUACGCAGUAUGCAUUGACGACGACGAGAGAGAGGUAGGGAGAGAGGGGUAG